AUGGCGAGCAGUGUUAAGCAAAAGGUUAAGGUGCCACCUUCAAAACAUAAAGAUACUGAAGCUAAUCCUGUCACCAAUUCUUCUGGAAAGGACAACGCAAUGGUUGGGUUCCAGGAGCAUAUUGGGCCAAAACAAAAUGACAACCGCGAAUCCAAGAGCCAGAACAGCAGCACAACAUCCGUAAAACAAAGCAGCACAGUAUCCAAUGGGAAAACAGGUCGUAACCAUAAAAUCUUAAACGGAAGUGCAAAUUUUGAUCAGGGCUUGAUUCCGUGGAAUUCUCCCAGGAGCAAGGGGAAUUCUCCAAGAGGUAAAAUUGGAACGCAACAUCAUGGAUACGCUUUUGGCAGUAAAACUGGACCUUCGUCUUCGGAGACCAUCGAACUUCCCUUUCUUAAGGAUAGUCUUUACACAGAUACGAUUUUAGUUGUAGAAGGAAAGAAGUUUUAUAUUCAUCGAUCACUACUGGGGUAUGCAUCAGAACAUUUUCAGAAGUUGUUUGCCGUUGCGCAUGCUGCCAAUGCAGCGGGUGAUAGAAAGACAAAACCAGAAAUAGUAAUUAAAGACAAAACUUACAACGACUUUGUGGAGCUUCUCGCAUUUUUUCAUCCUGGUGUUGUACGAGAACUUACAGACAAAACUGCAGUUCGAUUAUUACCAAUUGCAGAUGAGUAUGAAAUGCGUCCUUUGAAAAAACGAUGUGAAAAUGUAUUAGUCAAUCAUCUGAAGAAAAAUUCUUCCCUCUUCAACUCUGCUACAAAAGGUCCUCCAACACAAAGAUUCAGACGCGACAACGCACCAGAAAUAUUGCUAAAAUGUACCAAGGCAGCCGACAAAGGUCAUUCCAAAGCUGUUUUAGAAGAGUGUCUCAAAGUGUUUGCCAAUCCCGACAUUCCUCUGAAAGAUUUAAAAAACAGUACCGAUAUUUCUGACCAAAUCAAGGCAAAGAUAUUCGAAACCCGCGUAGACACAACAUCUACCAAACUCACAAAAGUGGUUGGGGCGCUAGAGAAAGAAAUGCACGAGAACAAUCUCUUGAAGAAGCAACUGAACGAUCGAUACAAUGUUCAGAAACCCGGACUGCGAAUGUCCAUUAAUAGUUCUGUUGAAGAAGCACAUCCAAUUCCUUCGUCAGUUCCGGUGUUGCACGCGCAUCACUAUCAUACUCACCACCGGCAUAAUAUAGCAACCGGAAAAGACUUGCACAAACCGCCACCCUCUACCAAAAGAAAUUCAAAGAAACAAUAAC